AUGCCUGACGGAAAGCCUGUCGACGGGAGCCUUUAUAUUUACGCUCCUAACAAGAUAGCGCCCAUAAUCUUUACUGCAGCGUUCACAUUGACGGGCGGCAUACAUUUAUGGCAAUGCUCUCAUUAUAAAUCUUUCAAGCUCAUGGGCCUACACCUUCUUUCUUGCCUCAUGCUAACUGCCGGCUUUGCGCUGCGGGAGUACGGCGCUUUCGAAUAUCUUUACACCAAGAAGAAUCUUGAUGUGUAUAUCGCGAGUACCUCGAUGAUCUACAUGGCCCCACCUAUCCUCGAACUCGCAAAUUAUCACGUCCUCGGUCGCAUCCUCUAUUAUGUGCCAUACUGCUCUCCGCUGCACCCCGGGCGUGUCCUUACCACCUUUGGUGCACUGUCCGCGGUCGUGGAGGUUUUGAACGCGAUAGGAGUGGCUUACAUCGCCAAUAAAUCGCUGCCUGAAAACCUCAGGGAACUUGGCGAAGCUUUGAUAAAGGCCUCGCUAAUAACCCAAAUUGUCGUGAUCUCGCUGUUCUACUUUCUGGCCGGUAUUUUCCACCAGCGCACUGCGAAAGCCAAGGUCAACGUUCGUUCUGUCAUGGCCCCAUUAAGGACCAUGUACAUUAGCACAUUUCUUAUCUUGGUGCGAUGUAUCUAUCGCACUGUGGAGCAGUUCGACAUCUCGGAUACGGAAAUUAACUCGGAAGCCGAUCUUUCGACCCUUAGCCCCGCAGUGCGAUAUGAAUGGUAUUUCUACGUCUUCGAGGCGAGCCUGUUGCUGCUCAAUUCAUUUCUAUGGAAUUGGCGGCACCCAGGGCGCUUCCUUCCCCAAAGUUCCAAGGUCUAUCUCGCACAAAAUGGCGCCACAGAAAUCGAAGGGCCUGGCUGGAAUGAUAACCGCUCGUUGCUAAUCACCCUGCUCGAUCCUUUUGGUUUCUUUGGGCCCAGGAAAGAAAAAGAAAAGCCCUUUUGGGAAACUAACGGGCAUGUUGGUACCGACAGUAACGUGUGA